UCGCGGAAAGCGGGAACACAUUAUGCAAAUGUUGGAGGAAUUUCUCAAAAAGCGAUUUAGCAAAGACAUAGGCGAAUCAAGAGGAGGCGAGGCCAGUAUUGUCCGUCUGAAUAGAUGCUGAUAGCGCCGAUGCGCCAGAGGUUGUGCCGGCGCAACGCUGAGGAUCUCGAUGAGGGGCCGGUCCCGGGCGCUCCAAGAGUCUGGAGGGUUCUCUUUCCUCCUCCAAGAGGCCUCUCUUUUCUCUUUUUGGCCUCAUUUCACUCGCCGAUCUCGCCCUCUUUGGCUUGGGGCUUCCCUUGGACUGGCCCUCCAAAGGCGUUUGAAUCGGUGUCAAUAUCCCCGCUUCAAUUUCCCGGCGCGCGUCGAGCGGGCGGGCGGGCGGAUGCUCCCAGCGCUCUGGGUUUUAUUUUCUCAACCACCACUACCACUACCACCACCACCACCCCCAUCUCCUUUUUAUUUUCUUUCUUUCUCUCUUUUCUCCUUUUUGCAUUUUGUACCGAGAGUAGGAGAAGGGAGGGGGCGGAGGGAGAAAAAAUUCGAUUUUUAAUUACUACCAUUAAAAAAUCAAAUUUGCAAUUCUUUGGGCGGCCUGAUGGAUCUCACUGAUUGACAGUUGGAAUUGACACUCUGGCUACCUCUUAUCUUGGGCAUUCACGACAAUUUCUAAUUGCAGGUGAUGGCCCAGCCAGGGUCCGGCUGCAAAGCGACCACCCGCUGUCUUGAAGGGACUGCGCCGCCUGCCAUGGCUCAGUCAGACGCCGAGGCCUUGGCAGGCGCUCUGGACAAGGACGAAGGUAGAGCCUCCCCAUGUACGCCCAGCACACCGUCUGUCUGCUCGCCGCCCUCUGCCGCCUCGUCCGUGCCGUCUGCUGGCAAGAAUAUCUGCUCCAGUUGCGGUCUCGAGAUCCUGGACCGGUAUCUGCUCAAGGUCAACAACCUCAUCUGGCACGUGCGGUGCCUCGAGUGCUCCGUGUGUCGCACAUCGCUGAGGCAGCAGAAUAGCUGCUACAUCAAGAACAAGGAGAUCUACUGCAAGAUGGACUACUUCAGCCGAUUUGGAACCAAGUGCGCCCGGUGCGGCAGACAAAUCUAUGCCAGUGACUGGGUGCGGCGCGCGCGCGGCAAUGCCUACCACUUGGCAUGCUUCGCCUGUUUUUCCUGCAAGCGCCAGCUAUCCACCGGUGAGGAAUUUGGCCUGGUUGAGGAGAAGGUGCUUUGCCGCAUCCAUUAUGACACCAUGAUCGAGAACCUCAAGAGGGCCGCCGAGAACGGGAACGGUCUCACGUUGGAGGGGGCAGUGCCCUCGGAACAGGACAGUCAGCCCAAGCCAGCCAAGCGCGCGCGGACGUCCUUCACCGCAGAACAAUUGCAGGUUAUGCAGGCGCAGUUCGCGCAGGACAACAACCCCGAUGCGCAGACGCUGCAGAAGCUAGCGGACAUGACGGGCCUCAGUCGCAGGGUCAUCCAGGUGUGGUUUCAAAACUGCCGAGCGCGUCAUAAAAAGCAUACACCGCAGCACCCAGUGCCGCCCUCUGGGGCACCCCCGUCCCGCCUCCCCUCCGCCCUGUCCGACGACAUCCACUAUUCUCCUUUCAGCAGCCCAGAGAGGGCGCGUAUGGUCACCUUGCACGGCUACAUCGAGAGUCAUCCUUUUUCAGUACUAACGCUGCCGGCGCUUGCACAUCUGUCCAUGGGCACCACACAGCUGCCCCUCAGCCGCUGAGAUCCAGCAUCCAGCUGCCAGGGAUCCACCACCUCUGCAUACACCCUCACCCGCUGCUGUCCUGCCCUCUGCCAGUGGCCCCAUCAACCCAGGCCCAGUCUUUCCCUCUCCUGCUGAGAACCAGAACCCACCAGGAGCAGCAGAGUCCCUCUCUGGGAAGGCAGGCUCCCUGAAAUGUGGCAUCAGCAUGAAAACAAGCAGCCUGUCUUUCCUCAUCAACUGGGAGUCAUGCUUAACCACCCAGCAGAUCACAGCAGCAAUGGCUGAUUCAACGGAGAGUCAACAACAGCCUCCUAUUUCACAGGUUUUCUUCUCCCCCAUAUUGGCCUUUAUUUACUACUUCCUUGGAACCAUCUCCGAAUUCUGAAUAGCCUACAACCCCCAACAUUAUAUACUCUGCUGCUUUUGUCUGGAAAACUCUACAGUGUUUGUGGGAUGUCCCCAAAGGAAGCUGUGUUCUAAUUUUAUCAUUUCCAUCUGUCUGGUUAUGUCAAGUUAACUCAGAAAAAGAAGAGACACUGACCAACCCUGAGAGGCCCAACAGGGCAGAGAUGGAGGCCUGCCCAGAUGAAGAGGCAGAGGGAUGGGCAGGGAUGGGUGCCAAAGAUCCCCCCCCCCCAAUUGGCUUGGAGGAGAAGGACUGGGUACGCUGGACGUGAAGAGGUGAUGAGAGUUUCAUGGAGAGAAAAGAGGAAACUUGUGGGGGGGCUUCCCCCACCUAAUUACCCAGCAGGAGUCGUGGAAAGGAUGGCAUCCAAUCUGCACGAUGACACCACUGAAUGUUUAGGUGGGCUAGCAUUAGGGACCCUUGUUGGCCACUUUUCAGUCCCGAGAUGAGGGCCUGAGCCAGUCUUCUCUAGGGGUGGGGUGAAACUAUUCACGAGGACCAAGGAACAGAGCCCAGAGAAAUGGCAGCCAGAAUAUUAGUUCUGAUUCAUCCCCGAGGGAAGAGAGGUGCCCAUGGCCUCAGUGAGUACAUGCCAAGCCUAGGAUUCCAGCUGGCACCAACUGCACAGAGCCAGCUCCACCCACUCCUAAGAGCAGAGGCCAGCUCUAAACAGAGGUCUCAGGUUACACAGGCUCCCUGCUUUCUGUUUUCAGGGGAUGCCCAUUUGUCCCAAGCUUAUCCUAUAAGUCUAGAACCACUUGGUGGCCUGAUGCACUUCUUCUCACCAGAGGCUGCCUAGCAGCAUGUGUUAGCCAAAGUCUUCCUCCUUGUUUUGAGAAGACUCCAGGACAGGAAAGGCAAAUUCAUAGUAUGUAUGCAGUUGCUGUUCCUGCUUCACCUGUGGCAGACAUCGCUAAUCGAUCACAGCACUCUAUCUCUCGGAGUCUGGAUAAGGUUUCAGAAUUCCCAUGCUUGAAGUUGGGAUGAGACCAACAUGCUGUUGCUACGGGACCUGGAGGAGGGUUAGGCAUGGGUGACACCCUAGAGGGAACUUGCAUCUUUUCCCUUCCAAAAAUUGUCAACUGACUGAGGACAAAGAGAAAGCACCUCCCAGAAUGUUGUGAGUGUGGUUUGGUUCAGAACUCUAGCACCCUGUGCCAGGCACUGACUCAAGCAGGAGGAACCUGGCCUGAUCCCUGACUUUGGGGAACCCAGAUCUUUCCUUUGAUUUUUGCUCCUAAUGAUCAAAACCCCAAUUGCAACCAUGUGGCAAGUGGCCAUCUGAGCCCAGAUUGCUUGGUACCCACUCUGCCUUGAGCUUUCCCCCAGGGUCUAUUUUUUGUGUGGAUCACGUGGCAGUAGCAUGUUGCAGUUCAGACGUCUCCACUAUCCUGUUCAGAACAGCCUGGGAAUGUACAGGCCAUCGAGGCUAUUUAUUUAAACACACACACUCACACACACACACACACACACACACACACACACAUGCACACACACAAAGGGGGGAACACACACAAAUGGAAAAAAUUGUAAGCACUUUUUUUGUAAAACCAAUGUCUGUUUUGUUACAUACCUUUCAUGUUGUGCUUUGUAAAUGUCUUAUUUGUGUAAUAAAUAAAGUUAAUGCGAGUAGAAGUGCCGGCACUUAAACCCA